CCCCCCCUUGCAUAAAAUCAGGGUCGAAAAAUCUGGAACUCUUCUCCCAUCUACUUUCCAGUAAUUUAUCUUUUUUGAAAUGCACAGCAGCUUUUGUGGAAGGCUAAAGAAAUUUACCAUAAUGUCCACGGAUGGGGGUUUUGCAGGAGGAAACAGUGAUGCACAGCAGUGUCUUCAGUCUUUCUGGCCUCGGGUCAUGGAUGAGAUUCGAAACCUAACAGUGAAAGAUUUCAGAGUUCAAGAGCUACCAUUGGCACGCAUUAAGAAGAUCAUGAAACUAGAUGAAGAUGUGAAGAUGAUCAGUGCAGAAGCUCCUGUUCUGUUCGCCAAGGCUGCUCAGAUAUUCAUCACGGAGUUGACACUACGAGCUUGGAUACAUACAGAAGACAACAAACGUAGGACUUUGCAGAGAAAUGAUAUUGCUAUGGCCAUCACGAAGUUUGAUCAGUUCGACUUUCUCAUUGACAUCGUUCCAAGGGAUGAACUUAAACCUCCAAAACGGCAGGAGGAGGUCCGCCAGGCUGUGACUCCAGCAGAACCCGUCCAGUACUACUUCACUCUGGCCCAGCAGCCAGCAGCUGUCCAGGUCCAGGGCCAGCAGACGGGCCAGCAGACAACCACAUCCACCGCCACAAUCCAGCCCGGGCAGAUUAUCAUCGCCCAGCCUCAGCAAGGGCAGACCACUCCUGUGACCAUGCAGGUGGGAGAAGGGCAACAGGUGCAGAUCGUUCAGGCCCAGCCACAGGGGCAAACCCAGCCGGCACAAAGUGGGACCGGGCCAACUAUGCAGGUCAUGCAGCAAAUCAUCACCAACACAGGCGAAAUCCAGCAGAUACCGGUCCAACUUAAUGCCGGCCAGCUGCAGUAUAUCCGCUUAGCUCAGCCUGUGUCUGGGACUCAGGUGGUCCAGGGCCAGAUCCAGACGCUCGCAGCCAACACGCAGCAGAUUGCGCAGACAGACGUUCAACAGGGGCAGCAGCAGUUCAGCCAGUUUACCGAUGGACAGCAACUCUACCAGAUCCAACAAGUGACUAUGCCUGCCGGUCAAGAUAUCACCCAACCCAUGUUCAUCCAGUCCACGAAUCAGACAACAGAUGGACAGGCACCACAGGUCACGGGAGACUGAUCAGCUCCAGCCAGAAGCUUUCCGCAUGUGGCAGAAUUCAUAGUGACUUGAUUGUGUUCCCACGGAUCAAGUCCAGAAGCAGCCUUUAACUAGUCCAUUCCCUCCCUCCCAUGUGUCUUCAUUGAUAGAAAGAUGUCAAGGCUUGUGAUCAGCAUUACAUCAACUGCUUUUGUUGGCUGGGAGUAGAGGAUGCCACAGGAACUGACUACAAUGCAAUAUAUGCAUUUUCUUUUUAUAUGUCUGGGAUUUUUUCUUUGCCUUCUCUCUUCUCCCGUCCAUUACAUUUGAAAUCAAAAAAAUCUUUAUCCUGUUUCAUCCCUGAUUGCGCAUAUCACAUUAUCAUUAAAUCUGAAAGUGUGUUAGUAUGUACAUGUGUAUAUACAGUGUGUGUGUGUGUGUGUGUGUGUGUGUGUGUGUGUGUGUAUAAGAGAGAAUGGGUCGAGGGAUUCCUCUUUUUUUUUAAUGUCCCAAAUCCAGGUGCUGCUAACUGCAGCUCCCAAGUAUGAAAAUAAACAGGAAACACCCAGCUUUUCCUUUAUGAACCUAUUUUCUAAAGGCAUUAAAUUUGGCCUCAAACUAUUUUGGAAUGACUAAAGGGAUUUGGACAUGCAAAUGCAAUGUAUUGGGUAAUGUUAUAAAAUUCAGCCAAUGCAUGUUUUUAAAAAACGCAUGAAAUGCAAUAAACCUUUUUUUUUCUAUAAUAUUCUAUACUCUGUGUCUUUCUCACCUCAGCUCAUCAGCUGAUCCUGAUCCAGAACAGGUUCUGCUUUGCCAGAUUUAGACUUGCCAAAAUGCUUCAGAAUCUGCCUAAAUCCUAUGGAAUCUAUUUUAGGUUGAUGCUAAAGAAGCUUAGAUCAAUCCAUUGGCCAAUGGGUAAACUCCAAUCUCAUUUUUAUUCCCUAUUCCUAUCUUUGGGCCCCCAGAAAGCUGCCAGAAGGCAAGAACAGUUAAGACAGAAAGGAUGACUGAGGAGUAAGGCUUGGGGGUGAUUGGCCCCUCCCAUAGGACAUGAAGGAGGAGCAAAGACACGUGAGCCUUUGCAGGAAGCAACUUGGUUCAUACUGGUCAGUUUGCCUUCUGAAGCUCCACUUUGACUCUCUGCUCCAUGUAGCCUUGCCAAGGUUAAGGUUAAGGUCAGUUAAGUCUUUGGCAGCGUUUCAAGGAAGAUAAAGGUGGGUGCUUAUCAGCCUUAUCCCUCGGCAGCUUACUAUAGGACUCUACAACUAUUUGGAACAUUACGGACUGUGAAUGAACAUAAUUCACAGCCUUUGAAAUAAAAAGAGGGUUUUUGGGACUAAGCAUGUGCUUUUUACUGUAUCAGGAAGCCUCGGUGAGAACAGUUCUCCCUGUGGCCUUCACUUGAGGGAACACUAAGAGUGGAAGAAAGGGAGAGGAAUUUCCUAUGCUGACAUGUUUUUUUUUUUUUUUGCAGGCAUCCAGUAUGUCUUGAGGGAGCUACUUCAAGAGUACAGGGAAAUGUGCUUGGUAGUCAGUUGCUGCACUUGAAUAACCUUGAAAGCUACAGGAUAUGGCCUGCUGUUCACAUUUUCCGUAUCCCAACAAAUUAAGAGGGGCAAAACAAGGAGGCAAUUCGUGAUUAGCUCCAGUCAUCGCAUUGUGAUUUUGGUUCAGACUUAGCAUGGGAACUCAGCCAGCUGUCCCUUGUAAAUAAAUUGUGGUUAAGCUCAA